AUGCUGUCGCAGUCGUCGGGGGUGCCGCACUGGGAGGCCGAGGACGCGGGCGCGCGGGACGCGGCAGCGGCGGGGAUGGCGGGCGGAAGCAUGGCGGCGAGCGCGCCGAUGCUCGCGCCCCUGUACCCGUCAAUAUCGAUGGACGCGCAAGCGGUCGAGCUCGCGUCGUACAUUCUCUUCCCGCCGCCGCCCAGCCACGGCUCGCCCUCCCUCCGAUCCCUCAACGGUUCCGCCGGAGGGCCCUCCGCGCCCACUAGCUCAUCCGCGGCGGCGCACCUGGCGCGCCAGGCGGAGGCGGAAGAACCUCUGCUAUUCGCGGAACGGAUUUCCGCGCAGGCACGGGGCGGGUUGGCGGGGGAAGCGACGGGGGGAAUCGACGGGCACGUGGGGAGGGAAGGGGCGGAAGGGGGAGCUGAAGGGGUGGGCGCGGGGAGGGCAGAAGGAGCAAUGGUAGGGGAAGGGGAAACGGGGGAUAAAGGAAACGCAGCAGAAGGAGACGGAAUAGUAGGAGGAGGAGGAGGAGGAGGAGGAGGAGGAGGAGGAGGAGGAGGAGGAGGAGGAGGAGGAGGGGAGGAGGGAGGAGAGGGGAAGAGUGAGAGGUGUACCAGCAGUAUCAAGUCAUUGCAGCUUCUCUCCUCCUGGUCUUCGUCCCCCCCACUGCCCCCCCAUCCACCUCUGCACCGCACCCCCUCCCUCCACCGCACCCCCUCCCUCCACCGCAGUUCUCCCCUUCACCGGGAAUUAUCCCUCCACCGCAAUUCGCCCCUGCACAGGGAGCUAUCCCUGCACCGCUCUUCACCGCUUCACCGCGAGUUAUCACUCCAGCGCGGUUCACCCCUCCUCCGUGAGUUAUCCCUGCACCGGGAUUCCCCUAUGCACCGUGAGUUAUCCCGUGAGUUAUCCCUGCAUCGGGAUUCCCCUCUGCACCGUGAGUUAUCCCUGCAUCAGGAUUCCUCCUUGCAUCAGGAGCUCUCUCUUGUGCACCGCAAGCCCUCCCUGCAGCGGCACCAGCCUGUGACAGCGCUGCUGCAGCAGCAAGACGGCGGUUCUCCUUCUGCUCCUUCUGCUGCUGUUGCUGACACUGCUGCUGAAUCUGCUGCUGCUCUUGCUGCUGGCACAGCUGCCACUGCUGCUGCUGGUGCUGCUGAUGCAGGAGAAGCGGAGCAGAAGGGGCAGGGGGGGCAGCAGGCUUUUGCCGAGCCGCUCGUAACAAAAGGGGAGGCUUCUGCUGUGGGGGAGGGGGAAGGCGGACGUGCAAGCAUGGCAGGGGCGCAGGUGCAAGGGGGUGUGGCGCGCGGGGAAGGGGGAAAGGGAGGGAGCAGCGGGGAGGAGGGCAGAGAAACGGGAGAGGGCGGAGAGGGAGCGGGAGGAGGGGAAGGGGAGGGGGAGGGGGAUUUGAGGUCUCUAGAUCUGCAUUUUGUGCCCUCUGCUCCCCGCUCUAUCUUCCGCUUUGACUCUUACGAAUUCAGUUUUUUCGGGCCUACUGAUUCUGCAGGCUCGGGGGCCACUGUUGCCGGACCUGGCAGUCUGCUUCGGGAGCUCAGUGGUUUGGGACGGCAGCUGUCUAUUAGCUGUGCGGAGCGGUUGCCGGAAAAGGUGGGGGGAAGGGGCGCACUGGGGGGAGGGGCGGAGUUGGGGGAAGAAGGGGAAGUAGGGGAAGGCGCUAUUGCAGGGGGAAAGGGAUCGGGGGAGCAUGGGGAGGAGCAGGGGAAGGGAGGGCGAGAGGGAGGGGUAGAAGGCGGUUGGGGGAGGGGGAAGGACGGGAAUGGGGCGGAAGGGGGAGAGCUUGGUGGUGUUGAAAUGGGCGGCAGUGGCAUGGGGAUGGGCGGCAGUGGUGCUGCCUUGGCGCGCACAGGUGUUGGUGUGGGCGGCAGUGGGACUAUAGGUGCGACGUGGCGGCGAAUCAUGGGGAAUACGAGCAAGGAAGGGGGGCUGUAUGAUGGUGGCAAGGCUGGUGCUGUGGGUGUGAGCACAGGCGCAGGCACAGGCAUGGGUAUGGGCAUGGGCGUGGGCAUGGGCAUGGGUAUAGGCAUGGGCAUGCAUGGGGAAAUGGGGGAGGGGAUAGUUCGUACUGACAGUUCAUGUCUUGAUGCUGUUGUGAACCCCCUCAGGCGUGUUGCGUUCGAACCCCCUGCUGCUGCUGCUGCUGCUGCUGCUGCUGCUCGUGCUGAUUCUGCUGCCACCGCUCCUUCAGCUGUCCCUGCUACAGCUGCCCCUGCUACAGCUGCCACUGCUACAGCUGCUGAUCCUGGUCAAGACACCAGCAUGACCACAGCAGCGGCAGCAGCAGCAGUAGUAGUCAACGCCUCACCUCCUCCUGCUCCUCCUGCUCCUGCUCCUGCUCCUGCUCCUGCUCCUUGUGCUGCUGCCACCAACACGGCUGCUGCCACCAACACGGCUGCUGCCACCAGCACGGCACCCGAUCCCCCAUUCACCUUCACCACCAAGCAAAGCCGCACCCCCACUCCCCCUCCCGCCUCCCUCCUGCCCUCCCUCCCCCUCUCCCUCCGCAUGCGCCCCCCCAGGCUCAUCCUCCCCCCCGACCACUCCCCCAUGCACUCCCCCUUGCACCCCAGCCCGCCCCUCUCCCCCGUGCCUCUCCGCCCCUCCCUCUCACCAGCUCCCCCCCGCCCCUCCCUCUCUCCAGCUCCCCCCCGCCCCUCCCUCUCCCCCGCCCCGCGCCACCCCUCCCCCUCUGUCUCCGCGUCUCUCUCCCCCACGUCCUCCACGCCAUGUAACACACUCCCUCUCACGUCUGUUACCAGGCCUCUCCCACCCGCCGCCCUUGCCCUGCAAGACACGCAAGCCUCUCACGCCCAUCCAUCCCACAAUCAUACCUCCCACGCCCAUGCCCCCCAUGUGCAUCCAUCGAAGCGUCUCAAGCUGUUUCCCAGCCCUUCCCCUAGCCCCCUCCCUAGCCCCCUCCCUAGCCCUAGGGGUGCUGCUGUUGCUGCUGCCGCCGCCGCCGCCGCCGCCGCUGCUGAUGGUGCUGCUGGUGGUGCCGCUGGUGCUGGUGGUGGUGGUGGUGGUGGUGUUGCUGCUGUUUCUGCUGCUGCUGCUGGUGUUGCCGCUGGUGCUGUUGGUACCAGUGGUGGUGCAGCUAUGUAUUUCCCUCGGUCUCGUUCCACUGGUGGUGCUGGUGCUGCUGCUGCUGGUGGUGGUGCUGCUGCUGCUGCUUCUGCUGCUGCUGGUGGUGUUGCCGCUAAUGCUGUUGGUACCAGUGGUGGUGCGGCUAUGUAUUUCCCUCGGUCUCGUUCCACUGGUGGUGUUGGUGCUGCUGGUGGUGGUGGUGGUGGUGCUGCUGCUGCUGCUGCUGGUGGUGUUGCCGCUGGUGCUGUUGGUACCAGUGGUGGUGCGGCUAUGUAUUUCCCUCGGUCUCGUUCCACUGGUGGUGUUGGUGGUGGUGGUGGUGGUGGUGGUGCGACUAUGCAUUUCCCUCUGACUCGAUCAGCUGCUGGUGCUGCUGGUGUUGAUGGUGCAACUGAGCAUUUCCCUCAGUCUCGCUCCUUAGGUUCAGACGGCGGGUUGGCAGAUGGAGAAAGCGGGAGGGUGGGAGGGGCUGGUAGGAGCCUGUGGGGAGGGAUGGAUGUGGGAAACGGCUUGCCUGCUGCUGCGGCAGCUGGUACCACUGUUUCCCCUGUUGCCGCUGGUGGUGCUGAUACACCCAUGCGAUUUCCUCAGUCUCGAUCCGUUGGCUCAGAAAGCGGGUUGGCAGGCGGAGAAAGCGGGAGGUUGGGGAUGACUGGGGCCAUGGUAGGGAUGGGUAACGAGGUGUGGGGAGGGGUGCACGAGGGUAAGGGAGUACACGGAGGGGUACAAGGGGGAAUUGAUCUGAACCAAGUGCGGCUGAGCCCUGGACCACAGAUAGGAACGCUCGGCAUGAGCACGGGGGAAAAUGCAGCGGGUGGGGGAGGGGGAGGAGGGGCAGUGGGCGUGGGGGAAGGGGUAAAGGGCGCACAGGGGAUGGGGGAAAGGGUAGGGGGCGCAAUGGGGAUGGGGGAAGGGAUAGGAGGGGCAUUGAGCUUGGGGGAUGGAGAUAUGGGAGCGGCAUUGCUGCGGCUUGUGGGGGGGGGUCUGGGGGGAGUGGGUACGGUGGAAGGAGGGGCGUUGGCAGCACUGCUGGCGGGUGUGUUGGGAGGGGGCAGUGGGGGGAAGCUUCCUUUGAGCCGCACAGAGAGUGCUGCUGCUUUGGGCCUCACUGGGAGUGCUUCUGCUGCUGCUGCCAGCAGUGCUGCCACAUGCUCUGCUGGGCUCAAUCCAGCCGUUGGAUUGAGUGCUGCUGGGCUCAAUCCAGCCGUUGGAUUGAGUGCUGCUGGGCUCAAUCCAGCCGUUGGAUUGAGUGCUGCUGGGUUCAAUCCAGCCGUUGGAUCGAGUGCUGCUGGGCUAAAUCCAGCCAUUGCUCCACCUACGGCUGCAGGCACUGCAGUGCAAAGAGGGGCUAGAGGCCCCACUCCCACCUCGCGCUCCCCCUCCCCUCUCCCUCUCCACCGCACCCUACCUCUCCUCCCACACACUUCAUCUGCUCCUGGUGCUACUCCCGCUGCCCCUGCUCCUGCUCCUGCUCCUUCUGCUCCUACUGCUGCUGCUGCUGCUGCUGCUGCUGCUGCUGCUGCUGCUGCUGCUGCUGCUGCUGCUGCUGCUGCUGCUGCUGCUGCUGCUGCUGCUGCUGCUGCUGCUGCUGCUGCUGCUGCUGCUGCUGCUGCUGCUGCUGCUGCUGCUGCUGCCGCUGCUGCCGCUGCUGCCGCUGCCCCUGGUGCUGCGAUGCCUGUCAUGGACCAUCAGACAGGGGUUGCAAGUAUUCUCCUUGGGAAUACUGCCGCUGUCACCGGUGCUACUGCUGUUGCUGCUGUUACUUCUCCUGCGGCUGCUUUCCCUGCCUCAGUGUCUCAAGCAGAACUCUCUCCUCGACCUGGGCUCGAUGCUUCCACUUACGCUGCGUCUGCUUAUGCUGCUUCUGCUGCCGCCUCUGAUAGCUUUUGUGCUGGUGCUGGUGCUGGUGCUGGUGCUGUUGCUGGUGCUGGUGCUGGUGCUGGUGCUGGUGCUGGUGCUGGUGCUGGUGCUGGUGUAGGUGGUGGUGCUGGUGCUGGUGGUGCUGCUGUUUCUGGUGCGGGUGCUGGUGGUUUGAUCAGUGCAGCUGGUUUGAGUCCCAGGAGGAAGAGUGGUGCAGUCACCAAGCCGUGUGCUGCUGCGCGGAAGCGGAGGGACCGCAUAUCGCGGCACAUCCGCACUUUACAAGGGCUGGUGCCCUCGUCCACCAAGACAGACGCCGCCACUGUGCUGGCUCAGACCAUCCGCUACCUGCGCGGCCUUGAAAGCCAAGUCGCGGCAUCCACCAAGUCAGACGCCGCCACUGUGCUGGCUCAAACCAUCCGCUACCUGCGCGGCCUCGAGAGCCAAGUCGCUGCUCAAACCAUCCACUACCUGCGCUGCCUCGAGAGCCAAGUAUCGGAGCUCAAGGCCAAAGUGGGCGCAUUGGGGGGCAGCAGCUCCCAGGCAGAGUAA